UUACUUUCGCGAACUCCAUUCGAGCUCCACCGCGAAGCUGCACGGCGAGAUGCGUUCCAAUUUCGACCUCGAGAAUGGCGGCGGCGCCGUUAGAUCCGGGAACGGUAACGGCGCGAAGGCGCGGGGCGGCCCGAACGGCGUUAGAACGGCGCCGUCGCCGUUCUACUACUCGCCGGCGCCGGCGCCGGAGACGGCGACGGAGCGGCAGUGGAAGGCGUGGGCGGUACCGGCGUUCGUGGUGGCGAACGUGGCGGUGUUCGUGGUGGCCAUGUACGUGAACGAUUGCCCCCGCCACCCCAACCCCUUCGGCUCCUGCGUCGCCCCCUUCCUCCGCCGCUUCUCCUUCCAGCCGCUGCGCCAAAACCCGCUCUUCGGGCCCUCCUCCGCAACAUUAGAGAAGCUGGGGGGGCUCGAAUGGAACAAAGUUGUGCAUCAACAUCAAGGGUGGAGGCUUGUGACUUGCAUUUGGUUGCAUGCAGGUGUUAUACAUCUGCUUGCUAACAUGCUCAGCCUUGUGUUUAUUGGAAUUCGUCUUGAGCAGCAGUUUGGGUUUAUCCGAAUUGGGGCAAUAUACCUUCUCUCAGGGUUUGGUGGUAGCGUCCUCUCAGCUCUCUUCAUAAGAAACAGCAUCUCUGUUGGAGCCUCUGGUGCUUUAUUUGGACUUCUUGGAGCUAUGCUCUCAGAACUCUUCACUAACUGGACUAUAUACACCAACAAGGCAGUCGCUCUAUUAACUCUUUUGACCAUAAUUGCGAUCAAUUUGGCACUCGGAAUACUUCCGCACGUUGAUAACUUUGCACACAUUGGGGGAUUUCUUACUGGUUUUCUUCUAGGGUUCAUUUUAUUGAUCCGACCUCAAUUUGGCUGGUCGGCACGCCACAAUCUGCCUCCUGGGAGUGAGGCCAAGUCGAAGUAUAUGGCAUAUCAGUGCGUCUUGUGGGUUCUUGCUUUGAUCUUGUUCAUAGCUGGUUUUGUUGGUGGGCUGGUACUGCUAUUCCGGGGAGUGAACGCGAACGAACGCUGCCACUGGUGCCACUAUCUGAGCUGCGUACCUACAUCGAGAUGGAGCUGCGGAAACUGAAAAUGUGUCGCAAUACUGUACUUAGAAAAUUCGUGUCUGUUCUCAAGGACGCGAGACAACGAUAUGUCAUUAUAGUUUGAGAUGAUAUUCUGUUCUUACUGUACAUAAGCUGUUGCUUCGUUCAGGCGUGGUGUUCAAUUUGAUUUCAUUCUUUUUCGAUUUGUCGCUGGAUAUCUGGAACUUCGAGCAAUAUACCAGUAUUGUUUUGUAAACUUUGGGCAUGUUUGGCUCGCGUUAUAUAGUAUUACAGGUUAUUUUGACAUAACCAGA